CUCAUGCGAAUUUUCGUUUUUCGUUUCUGACUUUCUAAUUUAUUUUUUACUUUACCAAUUUGAAAUCUUCCCCGGCAAGGCAAGGCAAGAAAUCAAAGCAGUAUUAACACUUUUAUUUAAAAACUGUCUAACUUUUCUUUUAUAAUAAGUUGUCACCCAACUACCACAUAAUCAAGAGAGAGAAUAAGAAGAAAAACAAGUCUGUCGGUGCCUAAAAUCUCAAAACGUCGGGUUUCUUGAAACUUCUUCGAUGCAGAGCCCGACCCUGGACUUUAAUCGGCUUGAGGUUUUGUCAUUGCUAGGCCGAGGCGCAAAAGGGGUUGUGUUUUUGGUUAAAGACAAGGAAGAUGAUAAACUGCUUGCUUUGAAAGUUAUACUUAGAGAAGCCAUCGAGAAGAAGAAGAAGACAACGAAGAAUGAUGAAUACAAGCGCGUGAGUUUCGAACAAGAAGUAUUGAGAAGUUUCGACCAUCCUCUCUUUCCUUGUCUUCACGGUGUAAUAUCAACAGAUAAAGUAAUCGGAUAUGCGAUCGAUUAUUGUCCUGGAAAAAAUCUCAAUUCCCUGAGGCUUAUGCAAUCAGAAAGCAUGUUCUCCGAUGAGAUCAUCAGGUUCUACGCGGCGGAGCUUGUACUCGCGUUUGAAUAUUUGCAUAAUCAAGGAAUCGUCUACAGAGAUCUGAAGCCAGACAAUGUGAUGAUCCAAGAAAAUGGACAUUUAAUGCUCGUGGAUUUCGAUCUCUCAACGAAUCUCCCACCGAGAACGCCGUCACCGUCACAAUCCAGGGCAACAACUCCGUCACCGAAGAGGAAGAAACGUCUCUUCCGAUUCGCUAGUUUCUGCAGCUCGGGAAUCUCGCCCGAAGAGGAAUCGAAUUCGAUGCGCUUGUCGUCGUCAUCCACAUUGGCCGUGUCAGAUUCUUCGGGAGGAGAAAAGUCGAAUUCCUUCGUCGGAACAGAGGAAUACGUCGCCCCGGAGGUUAUCACCGGCAGAGGUCACGAUUUCGCCGUCGAUUGGUGGUCGUUAGGUGUGGUACUAUAUGAGAUGUUGUAUGGAAUGACGCCGUUUAGAGGAGCGAACCGGAAAGAAACAUUUUUCCGGAUUUUAUCUAAACCGCCGAAUCUGGUAGGUGAGACGACGUCGUUGCGAGAUUUGAUUAGAAGGUUGUUGGAGAAGGAUCCUAACCGUAGGAUUAGCGUUGAAGAAAUCAAGGGUCAUAAAUUUUUCAGAGGGAUAGAUUGGGAGAAAGUGUUAUUGGUUUCUAGACCGCCGUAUAUUCCCGCGCUGGAUGAUGGGGAUGCUAAAGGUAAAGAUGGAAACACGAAAAUGGAUGUGGAGGAUAUUGUUCAAGAGAUUUUUGCUGCACGAGAUGAACGUGAGAAACAGAACGAUAAUAAUAGUAAUGCUAAUAGUAAUAUGAAGACUAAAGGUGACAAAGGCGGAGAAUGGGUUAAGGGGUUAAAUAACAAUUACGAUUUGGAAAGUGAUAAUAAUUUUUUCGUAUUUUAAUUCAUUUUUUUUAACACAGAGAAAAAGGAUUAUGAUCUGCGGAUAGUAAUUAUGUAAGGAUAUUAAUAUUUUAGAUAGUCAAAUGAUUAAUAUUUUUUUUAUUUUGUUUAUUGAUAAGUUAUAAAUCUUUUUUGUCCAUAUAUGAAAAGUAAAAGUGAGAUUGUGUUUAAUUAUAUUAUGUACAAUCUUAAUCAAGUACUAGAUCUUGAUCCGAAAGUGC